AAUGAUGAUGAUGAUGAUGGCGGCAACAAUAACAAAUUGAAGGGUCCUAAGCUAACUGAAGAAGAUUUCUGUGCUCAGGGCCAAAUUUCUCUUGAUAAAGAAAAGGUAGUUGGGUUUGCUAUCUCCCAGUACAACUUGCCUGAUAAUGUUGUUGAGAUGCAGGAUUUUGGUAAAAAUAUUGGCCAAUCACCAAAUGAUCCUGAGGCUAACCUAGAAAUUAUAGAUACAAAGUUGCCAAGUGAAGAACCCAUACCUGUGGUGGAACAGCCAAAGAAAAGGAAGGACAAAACCAAAAAUAUACGUGUAACACCUGCUGUUAGUGGAAGAAAAAAGCGUGGUCCUUCAAAGAAGAAAUCCAGUGCAGUAAAAGUUGAAAAAUGUGAGACUGGGAAAUCUAUGUGCAAAAUACCUGGAUGUUUCUUACGUGACCUUGAAAAGUCAAAGAAAUAUUCUGGAAAGAAUUUCAAGCAAAAUAAGGAUGAGUUGGUUCAGAAAAUCUACCAACUGUUUAACAGCACCGUCUUUGAUCAGAAGAUGCCAGAGAAAAUAGAAAUCACCUGGAAUAAAAAGAUGCUGAGAACUGCUGGCUUGUGCACCACUAGUGAGACACGACACCCCAAAAGGGAGUGCUAUGCCAAGAUCAAGAUUUCUCUGAAAGUCUGUGACUCUGCAGACCGCCUCCGUGAUACUUUGAUCCAUGAAAUAUGCCAUGCAGCUUCCUGGCUGCUUGAUGGUGUCCGAGAUUCUCAUGGUGAUGCAUGGAAGUAUUAUGCAAGAAAAUCCAAUGCGGUGCACCCCGAGCUGCCCAGGGUCACUCGGUGCCAUAACUAUACAAUUAACUACAAGAUUAAUUAUGAAUGUACUCAGUGCAAAACCAGGGUUGGCCGCUACACCAAAUCGUUGAACACAGAACGCUUUAUCUGUGCCAGAUGCAGAGGGCCCCUGGUCAUGCUGCCAUUAACUCGUAAAGAUGGAACCCCCAUUGAACCCCAUGUGAGACCAUUUGCCAAAUAUGUGCAGGAGAAUUACCGAGUGGUGUUUCAAGGGACAGCUGGGAUCAGCCAUGGGGAUGUGAUGAGAAAGCUCAGCAAGGAUUAUGUUGCCAGUAAACAAAAGAAGAAUCCUUAG